GAUGAUGAUGAUGAUGAUGAUGAUGAUGAGCAAAUACAUGUGGCAGAUGAUGAGGAUCUAGUAGCUGCAAAGAUGCCAGACCCGAGUAGUUUGACUGAUGCCGAUCUCAAGGCCAUGCUACUCGAAUAUGGAUUUAAACCUGGACCCAUUGUUGCAUCCACUAGGCUCCUGUACGAGAGGAAGCUGAGCAAACUCCUUCAGUCUGAAGCACAUGAUGGAGCAGAGAACAACGUCUGGUACUCGGACAGUGAAGAAGAACGCGAAAGACCCGAUGAAGAAAAAGAUUCAGUUUUAGAACAAGAAAUUAUUGAAGUGUCUGAGAGCCAGCAAGAGAAGGCAGGAGGUGACUUUGUUUACUCGCAGUGCUUUUUAAUGUCAUCAAGGCUGCACGCUUGUUCUCCUASAAACAAAAACCCCAGUUCUAAGAGGAAUUCAAAGAAUGUAAUAAAAUCAUCAGAGCAGACUGGAUCUCACCGCUCGUGCAUUCCUGCAGGAAUUAGUAAAACAUCCUCCACAGGCCAACGCUCAGGAUUAAGAUCAGUGGUUUCCUCCGGAGUCCAGUCAGUCGGAUCCGAUGGCUGCUCGUCAUUUGAGGCCUUCAGCAUCACUCAAAUGGUUGAGGAGAUGGAGACUCGGAGGUCGCUCUCUGCUAGUUCAGACGAGUUGAACAGUAACCGUGUGCUGGAACAGAGCUCAACGUUCGACAGGCUGGACCUGCAGUUUAAGGACAAGAAAAGACUUGAGGACCAGUCUAUGCACUGCACUCCAAAAGAUUCAUGUCGAGAGCAGGGAAAAAAGGUUCAUCAGCAACCAGUGGCUGAUAUUUUAAAGGAUAUCUUCCCAAACACUCAGACCUCGCCAACAGGGAUUUAUGCCACUCCCCGAAGACCCAUCAAAGGUGCAGCUCAGAGACCCGUCCAGUACCCGUACCCCGACACUCCCGUCAGUCCUCUAACCCAGGAGAGACGAGAGGUGGAGCGCCGUCUUGUUCCGUUCCAGAUUCAGAUUAUGGUCUUCUUCACUUUGAUGUUCAUCCUCUACCUCAUUUAUGUGAAUGUGGAGCACAGCAGCUCUGUCUUGGCCUUGCUGGAGAGUCUACAGCAGAGGUCAGAUGGUUAGGAGGGACUCUUCUUUCAGGCUGAAACACAGGACAUGUUUAACCUGUUUAUUUAGAAUUAUUUUUAAAAUGCAAAGAUAGUAUUCUGGCAGUGCAAGUGUCUUUGCUGCAGACAGUAUCAGGUAAUAAUGGUCUCAGAUCAGUUUUACAUUUAAACUGUAUGACGUUACUAAAACACCAAGGCUGGAACUCAGUUUAGAUAUUUCAGUCAAUUGUUUAAAAAUCUGUAAUUUUUGUGCCUUGAAUUUAUUUGUUGGUGUGUUUUUAUAUACAUUUGUACUUUGAAAUAAAGAAUGAUUAGCAUCAAA